AUGGCUCCACAGGCGCAGACGGGGGCCCGGGCUCUGGUCCUCACGCCCACCCAAGCACUCGCCCUGCAGACCAUGAAGUUCACCAGAGAGCUGGGGAAGUUCACAGGCCUGAAAACAGCUCUUAUUCUCGGUGGAGACAGCAUGGAUGACCAGUUCGCUGCCCUUCAUGAGAAUCCAGACAUCAUCAUCGGUUCUCCUGACCGUCUGAUGCACGUCAUCAAGGAGAUGAACCUGAAGCUGCAGGCUGUGGAGUACGUGGUGUUCGAUGAAGCCGACAGACUGUGUUCUCAGAGGUGGUUGGAGGGAAAAGACAAAAGCAAUAUAAUGAAGCAGACAGACUGAAGGCAAAAAGAACAGAAAAUCAGGAAAAGAUUAGGAGUUUUACAUCCCAUACAGACCCAAAGACUUCAACUCAG